AUGGAUCAAUUAGCUGUUCCAGAAGGAUACUUCACAUCUGGUGCUAUGGAAGAUUGGGGAUUGGUAACAUACAGAGAGGCGUAUCUCUUUUAUUAUGGCAAUGCAACAACAAUUACUUACAAACAGUACAUGAAUACGAUCGUAAGUCACGAAUUCAGCCAUCAAUGGUUUGGAGAUCUCGUCAGUCCCUUGUGGUGGAGCUACAUCUGGUUGAAUGAAGGAUUUGCCACUUAUUUCGAGUUUAAAACCGUAGAAGUGAUGGAACCAACUUGGGAAAUGAUGGAACAAUUUAUCAUUAAGUCUUCACAAUAUGCUAUGAUCUCCGACAGUUCCGCAACAACCAGACACAUGAACCAGGAUGCCCAAACUCCAACAGCAAUAUCUGGUCUAUUUGACAGAGUGGCUUACGACAAAGCUGGUGCAGUCAUACACCAACUUGAGACAAUUGUUACUUACGACAACUUCAUGAAUGGUCUGAACAUAUACUUAAACAACAAGUCGUUCGGAAACGCACAGCCCUCGGAUUUGUACAACGGCAUACAGGCCGCUGUUGAUGCAAGUGGAUAUAGGAUUGCCGAUGACUUAACGGUAGCAGAAAUCAUGGAGACGUGGACCGAAAAUGCCGGAUAUCCUGUUCUCACAGUAGAGAGGAAUUACAAUGACGGAUCAGUUAACUUCUCACAAAGCCGAUUCAUACUGCGAAGUUCCGCGAACGUCACCACGAGUAACCUCUGGUUCAUCCCAAUCAACACUGCAACGAGAAGCAACUACAACUUUCAAAACUUUAACAUUGAAUUUUUCUUGACGGAACAAAAUGCGGUCAAAAAUCUUAAUUUGGUUCCGGGUGAGUGGCUCCUAGUCAACAAAGGAGAAAGAGGUUAUUACCGCGUGAACUACGAUGAGAGAAAUUGGAGAUUGCUGACCGAUUACUUGAACAGCAACGAUUACAGUCAAAUUUCGAAAACAAGUAGGGCACAGCUGAUUGACGACUCUUUCAAUCUCGCCAGAUCUGGCCGCUUAAGAUAUGAAAUUCCACUCAACCUGAUGAGUCUUUUUAGCAGGGAUACGGACUACAUUCCUUAUUAUGCAUUCUUAACUGAUUUGGAUUAUGUAGACACGGUUUUGACAGCCACAGACCAAUACGAUGACUUUAAGGUUUUUAACGGGUUCCUACCUUCCGCUUGCACCCGCCGUUUACCUCUUAAGGCGACCGGAUGUAGAAAACAGGAAAAUAGAACGGGUCGAUCGUAUUUCAUGGAGAAUUUAAGUAGCCUCAUCAUAACGAACCUGGGCCGGUAA